CUGUCUGCAGCCGCAGGACGCCAGAGCUCCAGAGAGGUGACACUGCACUCAGCUGACACUGAGGUGCAUAUUGAUUGUGUUCACUGGCCGAGUGUCAGAGGUGUAUGGGCCGGUGCUAGCAGUGAACAGUACAAAAAUGCGCAACCCUGCAGUACAAUUAAGGAUCACGUCAUUAUGGAGUGUAGUUGUGGUUAGGAUUAUUGUACAUCGGCAUGGAGGAAAAAAGUUACAUUUACCUUAAUGAACCACUGAUUUAAUGCACCACCCGGCGAGCAAAUCAAACAAACCCAAGAUGUUGUGUAACAGGUGCACGCUAGGUCUGGCUAAAAGGCUAAAUGCUAAAAUGCUCAUGGUGGAUCCCCCAGGUGAGUUUUGCGUUCACUAAGGGACUUUUACCUUUAGUGAGGUGUGUGAGGAGUUUCUGCUGUGUGUGUGAAAAUAAUGUGUUAAAAAACUUUGAGGAGCUCAGCGGGACAGAGAGGCCGAGUGGACUGGUCAUAGUGGGACAGAGGGGCCGAGUGGACUGGUCAUAGUGGGACAGAGGGGCCGAGUGGACUGGUAGGUCAUGUUUUGCACUGAGAAUGAAGGAGCAGAGAAGUUGAACCUGGAGCAUAUUGAGGACUUCGCGGUGCACAAAGCUCAGUCAGACAGCAUAUCGAGGACAGGGUCAUGUUUGCAUAAGGAGGUAAAUUAUGACACGAAUAACAAUGUUGGCGUGCCAGGAAGAGACGUGUGAGGAUGAGGAGAGCAGCUGUUGGGCAACUUCAGCACCCUGGACAGCGACUGGCCACAGUGAGCAGCUCCAGUCAGGUUUACAGGCAUUUUUGUUUGUUUGUUUGUUUACUGAAAUAUUGUCUGGCCUGAAGAGACGAAUAUGGAUAGAUACUUCACAAACACUAAGAAAUCUAAGGACAAGUCUGCAACCCUGAAAGACUCCAUUUAGAGGAAUGUUCAGGAAGAUUAAUAAUGCGUUCCGCCCCAACCAUCACGGACACAGAGGGCAGGAUGGUGAUGGUGGUGGGUUUCGGUCCAAGCAGGACUACCACAAUGCCUGCACCGUCAGGCUGGUCCGCAGCACCUCCAUGCUCGUGGUGGGAGAGAAAACUCAGGCAGCCGCGGGCUCAACUUUGAAACGGAGCAAAAGUACAGUGAGCAUCGAGUCGACGUUGUACUAUUAUCAGAGACAAGAGGACAGGAUAUGGCUCUAUUCUCAAAAUCAGAACUGCCUGGAGUACCUGGAGGCACUUGUGGCUUUGAGACGGCAAUACACAAAGAGUGUGAGUGACUUGAAAAGUAACGACACCAAGGCCACAGUGUCUUCCAAGAAGAAGCCUGCACCCCCGCCGCCGCCUACAAAGGAAGAACCGAUAUCAAGAGCCAAACCCUCUGCUCCACCGGUCCCCGACGAGGAGGACACUUUGCAGUUCUUUGAUGCCGUCAUCGCCAGCUGCGACAGCGAACCUGCGCGGAAACCGUAUCUGGAUGAUGGACACGCAGAUGUGGACUUCAUAGUGGCCUCCAGCUCUGCUGAACAUGACCUCCACUCUAACUGGGUCUUGCGGGUUCCUCGGGUCGCAGAUGACUCCAAGCAGAAAGCGGUUCAUGACUGUGCCAAUGAAAGCGUCCCGAAGAAGAAAAACCAGAGUGGGUCCACAAGCAGCAGACUGCGGCUGCAGAGGAACCCAAUCCAUCUGCCCAAAGUGGUGGAGAGUGCAUUCCAGACUCUGCGCUUCAAGCCCAAAUUAAAAAAGCAGUGAAGCUUGAUAGACAUUUGAAACCACCAACCACUGCCACACUGCUGACAUAGAGCUCAGCCUAGUUUGUAUGGACAGACACCAUGCUCUGAACUGAAUUAAAUAAGAGAAAUGUUCAAUAUUGUGAUGAGUAUGGAAUUUAAGUUGAGUAGUAACGAACUGCUGAGAGACUGCAUUCUUUCGAGGUAUCAAAGCCAACGGUAAAAUGCAACAAUGUCCUUCACAGCAAUAAGCUGAAAGGUAAACACAUUUCAGAGUAGGUGUACUGUACAGUGCCGGUUUCAUUUUUUAGAUUGAGGUUCAGGCUCAAGGGCUGAGUUGAAUAGUUCAAAACCAGCUAGUUAUUCUGCUUAUCACUGCCGAAGUUAAAAUGGUCUUAAACAGGAAGACUCAGUUUACUAAAUUAAGAAAAACACAUUUCCUGAUUUAACCUUGAUGGUAUAUAGCACUGCUGAUAUUUAUGGAUUUAUUUUUAUUUACAGUGGGGAUAUAUUUUGUGGCGUUCACAGGCAUUGAAUAUUAAAUAAACCCUGAACUAUCUGCAUGCUUAGGUACCACUGGGGUUAAGAUUAAAAAAAGUCUUUGUGUCAUUUUGGGAAAACUGCAGUGGUGGAAGAAAGACUGUUUACUUAAAUAAAGGAAGAAAUACCAUAGUCUAAAAAUACUAAAAGCCCUGACUUUAAAACGUACGAUAGUAGUAUUAUCAGCAAUUUUACUUAACAUAUCAAAAGUCCUCAUUAUGCGGAAUGGCUUUCAGAGUUAUAUUUUUAUAGUAUAUUAUUCUGUUUUUAUCACUAACGAAUACAUGAAAGAGCAUUUUAAUGUUGUAGUUCGUCAAUGUGGAGCCAAUUUUAGAUACUUUGUAUACUACUGGGUACAUUAAUAGUAUAGUACUGCAUCAUAUUAUAUAAGUGUAUCAUCAUCAUCAUCAUCAUUGAGUAAAAUCUUGUUCUGAAAAGUAAUUAGUGACUAGCUGUCAAAUAAAUGUAGUGGAGUCAAAUAAAUGUAGUGGAGUAGAAGUAUAAAAUGGAAAUUUGUACUUAAGUAUGGUACUGGAGUAAUUUUCUUAGUUACAUUCCACCACUGGUAAGCUGACCCUUAAAGCCAUAUUUUAGCAUGCUA